CAAUCCAUCCGGGUAAUUCCAACAAAAUGGCAUCGCAAGUGGAAGGUGCGAAGAAAUUGGUGGAUUUACGCGUUGUAGAUUUACGUGCAGAAUUAGAAAAGCGUGGUCUCGAUAAAAAUGGUGUUAAAGCAGUUCUUACAGAACGUUUACAAAAGGCAUUAGAAGAUGAGGGACACAACCCAGAAGAAUAUAUGUUUGAAUCUGCAGAUAAUAAUACUCCUAAGAAGACCACUCCAGCCAUUAAAAAGACAAAGUCAAGAUUAAGUAAAGGAAAAGGAAAGACAAAUGAAGAUGGAGAAGAAGACGAAGAUGAAGAUGACGAGGAAACAGGUGAAGGAGAGGAGACGGAAGGUGAUGAUAGUAAAGGUGAAGGGGAGACAACUUCUGUAAAGGAGGAAGACAAGAAAGAGGGAGAUCAGGCAGAGGAAGUGAAAAAUGGAGAGAUAGAAAAAGAGGAGAAAAUGGAAACAGAAGCAGAACAGACUGAGAAAGUAGUGGAGAAAGAAAAGGAGGAAGAAGUUAAAGAAGAAAAGAUGGAGAUUGAUUCCAAAACUAAUUCUUCUGAGGCCGUUGGAGAGAAUAUGGAAUGUAUAGAAAUUAUAGAUGAACUAGAGGAGUCCAAAACUGUGGAAGAAAAAGAUAAUAAAGAAGAAAUUCCAGCCUCCAAAGUUGAAACUGUAAAAGAUUCAGUGACUGAAGAGAAAAAGGAAGAAGAAAAAAUGGAUGUUGAGGAAAAAGCCAAAGAACCAAUAGAACCAGUGAAGGCUGAGGAAGCAAAACAAGACAAGGUACCAGUACCAGAGUCAGCACCUGUUGUAGAAAUACAACAAAAAGUGGUAGCUGAAAAGGUUCCAGAAAAGGAGCAACUAAAGGAAACUCCUCAGGGUUCUUCCUCUGAAGAGGUGAAAAAGGUAGAGGAAUCUGAGAAGAAAGUUGAAGAGUCCCCACCAGCACUUGAUAAAGCACCAGAUCAGUCUGCUGAAAAAUCAGCAGAGCCCACCCAAACAGUGGUUGACCUAAGUUUAGAGGAGGCUGCUCAGAAGGACAAUGCCCAAACUGCAAAGGAGGCUGCUAAAACUCCUGGAGAGACCGUUCAAUCAUUGGAAAAGGCUGAGAAACCUGACCCAAAGAAGGAAAUGCCCGCUCCUAAAAAGCCUGUUUCUAAUGAAGUUAAAAAAACUGAAUCUAAGCCAUCUGGUGCUGGAAAAAAGACAUCUGUAAAAGUAGAUACCCAGGAAAUGGAUAACGAAUCGUUGGUUGUUCAUGUUGAUGAUACACAGAAUGAUCUGGACGCUGACCUGAUUUCUACUACGAAAGAAAGUAAAACUGGAGCUGAUGGACAGAAAACCGCGGAAAAGAAAGAUGAACCCAAACAGGAAUCUGUGGCAAAAGUGGAUGAGGCUGCCACUUCUAAAGAGGAAACGAAGAAGGAAACUGUAUCCGAGAUAAAGGAGACUCCUGAGAAACCUACCGAACCAAAACCAGACAAGAAACCCGAGGAUAAAAAGGAUGAGAAGGAUCCAAAAUCAACUGCUAAGAGGUCGGUUUGUAGUUCCGGAAAAGAUACUAAAAAGGAUGAGAAAGCUGCCUCCACUGGUCGUAAUUUAUGGGUUAGUGGACUGGCAUCGUCCACAAGAGCUACAGACCUAAAGUCCAUUUUCAGUAAAUAUGGAAAGGUUGUUGGAGCCAAGGUGGUCACUAAUGCCAAGAGUCCAGGUUCUCGCUGCUAUGGUUUUGUCACCAUGUCAAGUUCUGAUGAAGCAACUAAGUCUAUCCAACACUUACACAAGACUGAACUUCAUGGCAAGAUGAUCUCAGUGGAAAGAGCAAAGAGUGAACCUGGCAUGCAAUCCAAGGCCACACCUUCUAGUCGUAAAACAGAUUCCAAAAGUUCCUCUGGAGAUAAGAAAUCUACUCCUGCCAAGAAAGAUGACAAAGAUCGUAAAGACAAUGAUAAGAAAGAUGUUAAGAAGGAGUCUGAUAAGAAAACAGAUGACAAGAAAUCUGAUCGUCAUCGUAAGGAAGAAAAGAAAGAUUCCAAAGACGUGAAAAAGGAUGAUCGUAAACGGUCACAUUCACAUGACCACCAUGACGACAGACGGAAAUCAGAUAGACAUAACAGUGCUACGAGUAAUAAACAUGAUUCAGCUAAAAAGCCACAUUCAAGUACAGAUAAAUCAAAACCUAGUUCAACAGAAAAACCAAAAACAGACACAACAGCUAAGUCAAAAACAGAUGCUACAGCUAAGCCGAAAACUGAUACAGCUGCAAAGCCUAAAACAGAAACAACAGCUAAGCCUGAAACUGAAAAAGAAGCUGAAAAAGAUAAAGAUGUGGUGAAAGAAAAAGAGAAAGAGAAGGAAAAAGAAAAAGUAGAGGAAAAGAAAGCAGAAAGUCCUACAAAAACACCUGUGAAAUCUGGUGAGAGGAGUCAAAGUCGUGCCAAGUCUGCGACAUCUACUGCCAAGGACCCACCGAAAUCUGAUAAGAAAGACAAAGAUGUACUAUCUUUUGACAAAAUAAAGGAAGAAAGAGAGAGAGAAAGACAAAGGCAAAGGGAGAGAAAACAGAGGGAAUUAGAAAGACAAAGGAUGAGAGAGAUAGAAAGAGAAAAACGUCGUCAGAGAGAUGUCCAGAUCAAACAGAGAACUGAGGCCAUUAAACUGGCUAGAGAAAGGGAACAGUUAAGAAAAGAGAAGGAACAAUUAGAACGUGAAAAGAUUGAAUUGCAAAGACAACAGAAAUUACGAAUGGAACAGCUAGAGAGAGACAAAGUAGAACGAGAAAAAGAUAAGGAAGAAAGAAGACGACUCAUGGAAGAAAUCAGGUUAGAACAGCAGGAGUUACAAAGAAGAGCACAGAAGAGAACGUUCGACAGCAGAGGGGGCGGCAGAGACGAGUACUGGUCAGAACCUAAACGAGCUGCUACCAAUGAAAAUAGAUUUGAUGAUAACAGAUCAUUUGGUACAACUGAAAGAAAGGUAGAGCGGUAUGAUCGCAGGGCAGAACAGCCGAGAGGUACAGACAGCAGGGAAGCAAGAAGGUUUGAUGACCGACGAGAAUUUAACAGGGAAGAGAGGAGCGACAGAAGAAAUGAUGAUAGAUUUGACAGAGGAUCAGGUGACCAGGCUAGUUUUGACCGAGCAGCAAGGGAAAGAAAUGAUAGACCAGUACUUAGGGAAGAUCGAAGGGAAGGAGAGUUCCAUAGACGAUCAAGAAGUCGAGACAGAUCUGAUACUCGAGUCAGCCGGGGGCGUGAUGAACAUAGAAAUGAAAGAUCCCACCACACGUCGCCUCCACGUCAUACAGACAACAGAGAUUGGAAAAAUGAAAGAGCAGGUAAUGCCACACAGACAAAUUGGACAACAAAUAACACAGCCAAUCAGAGGCAGCAGAAUAAUCACAACAGAACUCAGGCUGACACAAGAUUGGUGGUUAGUAGACAAAAUAUCGGCGGGACAGUCAGCAGUGGUGGGCGUGACAGCUGGCAGAAUAAUAAUAUACAAGAUGAUCGAAGUCGCAACAAAGGUUUCAUUAACCAGCAACAAGGUGUUGCUACCCAGCAGGGAAGAUCAUGGGGAGGAGCUAGUACUAUUGACAGACAAAAUAUCAUAGACAAUCGUCCCACCAUUCAACAAGAACGGUUCACUGCUGUUCAACAGGAAACUAGAGGAACAUUUGCCAACACGAUCAAUCCGGCUCUGGUAGGCAAUGUUCAGCCAAGUAUAUUUGUACCUGCUGUACCCAAUACGGCACAAAUGAUAAUAUCAAACCAAGGACUUGCUGCGGCUAGGCAACAGGAAGCAAGGUUUGAUGCAUACAAAAGUAUACAGAGUGGUGGAUUUCGGCGAUAUUGAUCAUAACAGACAAUAAGAUUAAAACAUAAUAAUUGCAAGAUAAGAUUUAGCCAUGUUAAAAAGACAAUUAAGGUGUAAGAAGUCGUGUAAUUCCUAAAUUGAUGGAAAAGGACCAUUAUAAAUUCAUACAGCAUUUUCAUCGUAUGUCAAUCAUGAUUUAUUAGAAUAUAUUUUGUGUGUGAAAGAAAUCCUUUGAUGUAUGAGAUAGAUAUAGCCAAUGAUUUAUCGUGUAUGUGUGAAAUUUUAUAUUUGUAAUAUGAGAAAAUUUUAUCAUUGACAUUCUCCUGAAAUUUUAUCAUUAUUGAACUAUUUGUAAGUUUUACUCCCAAACGAAAAUUAUGUACAAAGAGUGGAAUCAGGGAAAUUGUCAAAUGAUCCAUUGCUUCGUUGUAAAAUGUGAAACUGCUGUUGUCAUGGUAACAUAAAUGUUGCAUCAUGUAAA